CGCGACGACAACGUCAUCACGCAGGGUGGGUGUCGGCACGCACGGAGGCUGCGCAGGCGCAACCCUUGAGCAACAUUCCGCUCGGGAACAUGUAACGCCGUCUGUAUUGGACUCAUCGCGAACCUGCCGGAACUCUCCAGACCAUUCCGGAACCUCAGCCUUCCACCGUCGGGAAGGACAAGAACGCUGCCUGCCGCCAAGCUCCGCCCUGCGUCCGUGCGCGGUGACGUCAGCGCGAGGCUCUUGCUGCGGCCAUUUUAGUGAGGUCGUGCAGGAGUCAGAGCGAUGCCCCGACACUGCUCAGCUGAGGGCUGCACAUCCCGGGACACGAAGGAGUCGAGAAUUAAUGGAGUCACGUUUCACAGGUUGCCCAAGAAGGGGAGAUUUCCGCGUGAGAGCUGGUUGCUGAAUUGUUGCCGGAAGAACCCAGAUGGGACAGUUCCCUGGGAUCCACCCUCUCAGUUCAUCUACUUCUGUUCAAAACAUUUUGAGAAACACUGUUUUGAGCUUGUGGGGCUGAGUCGUUAUCACCGUCUGCGAGAUGAUGCUGUCCCCACGUUAUUUCAGUCGUGUCCUCAGUCAAAGGUGGCGCUGAGUAGAGGAUACCGUGAAAAGACAGUGUCUGUACAAACCAAUGAAUGCCUCACUGAUGGCGGUGGCUCUUCACCUGCUCCUGAUCUCAGGAAUGCUGACACUAGCUCAGGGAUGAGCUUCAGCAUUUCUCAGGAUGGUUCUUCCAUUAUUCUGGGUUAUUCUGAUCCUCAAGAUAGAGUGAAUGAAACUUUCUGCUUAUAUGAAACAUCAUCUCCUGACAUACCGAUCUCCACAAGCCAGCCUGAGCCAGAGGACACCGCUCCGACUGUCAUUUAUCUCAUUGAAGUGAAUCCGCAGUCUGUGGAGUUGGAGGCAGCUGGAAACACAGAGGAAGCCUCCAAGGACAUCUCGUUGCCUCUGCCUCAGCCUGUCCUCCUGAAUGAACACUCACCUGACUGUCAAGUGGAGCUGGAUGAUGACAGGGACCCUGUCCCCAUUGCUUUGUAUAUGGCUCGCAUUCCCAAUCCACCACCUAAACCUGGUGCCUACAUUCCUGUUGAGCACAGUUACACUGUAGGCUGUCCACUGGUUUGGAAGAUGAAGCUAGAGGCUCUGAAGGUGGCCUUUGAGAAGGUCACCAAGGAGCUGCGGGCUAGCAGGAAACGGGAGAGUCGCCUGCGAGCACGAAUCACAUCCAUCUUGAGACCACAACAUCAAGUGCUUCAAGAUGAAUGUACUGAAUCGGACAUAACCGAGGGCUGCCAGCCACAGUUUGAAGUGUAUGAGGUGGAAGUGGUGGAUGAGGCUGUGAAUCUGUAGCUACGUUUUAACUCGGUCACUUAUUUAACCAGUGCUGUCGAUUCUUCACUAAGUAAACCAGCAACAAAGUGUGAGGAGAAGAGUGACAUGUUGGGGAGGGGAGGAGUGAGAAAUGUGU